AUCAUCGUCGAUUCAUCCAUCACAUUUUCAAAAUCUAUGCUUUGCUGGUAAUUUUCAUAAAAUCAUAAAAAUUAAGGGAAAUAGUUUGUUCUAAUAUUCUUUCAGUGUCUUUGGCUUCGGUAUUCCACAGUCUUCCCACAAAUUCCCAAAUUGCUGUAAAAGUGAAACUGAUAUUCCCUUAAUUGCAGAGUAAUCAACUCAGAACAAGAUUCAGAGAGAUACUAGAACGGCAGAAAAAGUCAUUUUCAAUAGCUCAUAUGGAAGAUAAGAAAUACAUCCAGAAUUUGGAAAAAGAGCUGCUGAAUUGCUCUCAAGAAAUAGAUUAUCUUCGGGAUCAACUCAGUGCAAGAAACACGGAAGUUAACUAUCUAAAAGAUAAUCUUGAUUUGAAACUCAAGGAGAUGGAAGAUUUACGAAAAGAAGUUUUCAGCUUAAGGGAGGAGCUGAAAAGAUCCAAUUCGAAGCAGUUUUCUUUGAUUCGGGAGCUAGAGACUAAAGAAGCGGAGUUAGAGCUAUCAGCAUUGUCCGUGGAGAAACUGGAUGAACCAUUUUCAUCCAUGGAGUCUCAGUUUGAAGUUGAAACUAUGAAGCUUGAUAUGAUGGCCUUGGAGCAGGAUUUAUUCGAGACCAAGAAAGUUCAGGAUGAAACUCUCGAAGAAAAUAAUAGACUGAGUAGAUUGAUUAAUGAGUUACAGGGUGCAUUGCAUGAUGCACAAGAUACUAUCAUCUAUUUGAAUGAAGAAAAUAAGGACAUUAAAGAGAAGCUUGAUGCUGCCAACAUGAAUACUAGAUUAUUUUCUCAAAAGGUUGAAGACUGGCUGGAAAACAAGGACAGACUACAAAUCAAGGAUCAGUCAAGAAGCAAAGCAGAAGACACAAGAAUUUAUGGAGAAAUAUUGGGUCCACUCCUUGGCAUUUUAACAAUGAAGUUAGAUCCAGAUGCAGAAUUAAAAGAGGAGAUGGAGAUGUCCUGUCAGAUCCAAGAAUAUGAGUUUCUUGUGGAGAAACUCAAGGAAGAAUUAAGAGUGGAAAAGUUGAGGGCAAAGGAAGAAGCAGAAGAUUUAGUUCAGGAAAUGGCAGAGCUGAGAUACCAACUUACAGGUCUGCUAGAAGAAGAAUGUAAGCGCCGUGCUUGCAUUGAACAUGUGUCCUUGCAAAGAAUUGCCGAGUUAGAAUCUCGGCUUCGAAGAGAGCAUAGAAACCAGUAACUGCUGUCGGAUAUUUUCGGCUGGUAUUGUUUAAGUCUUUCCGGAUUGGCUUUAAAGAAUGGACCUUCAAGUUCAAGGUUUGUAUCAAUGCAUCUCAAAAGUACUAACUACUAGAGUCUACGAAGUGGAACGAUUGAACUCACAAUGCUUGUUAGAAAAAAAUGGAGUUUGCUACAUUCUUAAUACCAAAGUGCUGAAGAUAUCUCCAUGCCGGUUUCUACAGCAUAUAAGUACGCUAUCAAUCUUCCACUUUCCUUUAUGACUCUUGUGAAGUGUUUCACAAGAUCACUUCCUCUAAUUUGAAUUGCUAUUCUUUCUCAGGGGUUGUAGUUUGGAAAAGCUUCAAUGGCAAGGAAAUUGAUAUAAUCUUGACAGUGUUUUUUUUUUCUUCUGGGUGAAAAUUGAAAUCUAGGAUUUCUUCUUGUGCCUUGGUGUCAGCAUCUAUUGAAGUCAAAAGAUUCAAAUGAAACGAAUUACAUGAAACUCCAUUGUAUGACAUAAACCCCAUUGUUGUUGUUGUUGUUUGAUGUCCUCCAUCUUUAGGGCCACAAUAUAUGUUAAAGUCUAAACACUAUUUUAAAUGAUUAUAUUUGAAAUUUAUCUUAGUUUGCUUCUUUA